GAAAUUUAAAAAAACAAAAAAAACAAAAAACAAAAACAAAACAAAAAAACAGGGUUAAAUCGUAUCGUGUAAAUGUCCUCUCACGCUGUAUUUUCCAGAACCGGCAAUGUUUUUGGCGCACAGACUCGGCGAAAUUGUCGAGUAGUAUAAGGGGGCGGAGGAAUAUCUCCCAGCCACACUGCGCGUCAAAAUAUUGGCGUGGGGAGGACCGCGCCAAAGCUCAGACAGCGGACACUCUUCAGUCAAACAGUACUCCGCCGAGGACCCUUUUAAACGUGCCGUUACACCCGCUGAGGUUGCUAUAUAACACUGCAGUUCUUGGUCGCUUUAUUAUUUCAAACGGACUGCUCUCGCCGAGAUUCUUGAAUCAAAUACGAUAUUCUCACUUCAUGCCGGUUGUUUGGAGAAGGUGGACGACUUUCAACGUCGUGACCAGACUGUGACGGGCGCGGCGCGGUGCGGUGCGGGUGUAGUUGGCGCGCCAGGCUGGAUAUAAUACUACUGUUUAUCCUGCGCCACCGGUCCCAUCGUCUUUCCCACUGCGACUGAUUAUUUUUUUUUUGUCCUUUUUUUUAUACUCUAUAUUGGUUUGAAAUCUCAUCCAACCGGUGAAGAAGGAUUACGCCGGUUCUUAUUGUGAAUAUGUUGCUGUCAAAGUUUGGUUCAUUUUCGCACAUUUGCAAUCCGUCGACUAUGGACCAUCUACCGGUGAAAAUACAGCUCCAACCCGUCAAAAUGGAGAAGGAGCCCUUCGAAAAGGUCUACCAAGUGGGAUCGGUGCUGGGCAGCGGUGGGUUUGGCACAGUGUACGCCGGCAGUCGGAUCUCCGAUGGCGCACCGGUGGCGGUGAAACACGUCGCGAAGGAGAGAGUGACCGAGUGGGGCUCAAUUAACGGUGCGAUGGUGCCUCUGGAGAUCCUGCUGCUGAAGAAGGUCAGCUCGUCGUUUCGCGGGGUCAUUAAAUUGCUGGACUAUUACGAGCGAGCGGACGGCUGGCUGAUCGUCAUGGAGCGGCCGGAGCUCGUUAAGGACCUUUUCGAUUUCAUUACCGAGAAGGGCGCCCUGGACGAGGAGACGGCCAGGGGCUUUUUCGGGCAGGUGUUGGAGGCGGUCAGACAUUGCUACACCUGCGGCGUUGUGCAUAGGGACAUCAAGGACGAAAAUCUGCUGGUGGAUCUGCGCACCGGGGAGCUCAAGCUCAUUGACUUUGGCUCGGGGGCGAUUCUCAAGGACACCGUCUACACCGACUUCGACGGUACUAGAGUGUACAGCCCACCAGAGUGGAUCCGCUUCCAUAGAUACCAUGGUCGCUCGGCGACUGUGUGGUCGCUAGGCGUGCUGCUGUACGACAUGGUGUGUGGAGACAUCCCGUUCGAGCAGGACGAGGAGAUCCUCAGAGGGAAGCUGUACUUCAGGCGGAGGGUUUCUCCCGAGUGCCAGCAGCUAAUCAAAUGGUGCCUGGCCCUGCGGCCCUCAGACCGACCUACUCUAGAGCAGAUCUGCGACCACCCAUGGAUGAGAGCGGCAGCAUCAGAGUCACCUGAGUCACCGGAAGAGCCCAUUGCCACUGGUGACAUCCGCCUCAGGACCAUCGCCACAGACUCGUCAUCAAGCACAAGCUCCAGCAAGGAGAGCCUCUGAGGACGGAGCUUUUUUGAGAUGUGGAGGAUGCACUGAAGCAGUUGUCAAUGUAAAAUGGAAUAAAACAAGGUUUACUUCAAGUUUGAAAGAGUAUUUGAAUGUUAUUUACCCUCACAAUUUAAAGUCUGUUGGUAAUGUUGAAUGGCUAAAUAUCAGAAAAAUCUGUUUGUGGGUUACGUUUGUACUGUCUGAAUCCAUUUUGAGUUCUGAGGGAAGCCAGACAACAGCUGAAAUAGAGCUUAGUCACCUAGCGUCAUAUUCGAGAUUCGCUUUCAUUCUAGCUGUGUGACCUGUGUUAACGUGGAGGAUGGAUAUUGCUAUAUUUUGAUAAAAAGUUUCAAUUAAAGUUUUUUUUUUGUACAGAAAGUGAUGGUCUGUUGUCUCAUUAAACAUUUUGAAUCUAGCUCACUAUACUGGAUGAGGAUGAUGAACUCAACAGGUACCUUAUAAAAAAAAAAGUUUCAAACAGCUAGCUAGCUGCC